CCGCCGCUUAUCUGUCGUGCGCCCGUCGACGCGCCUCAGUCGAUCGAGUCCGUCGUCUGAGGCCUCCUGCGCCGCUGGGCCAGCGUUCGAGCUCCGGUCGCGGCCUGCCCGCCUCCCAGGGCCCACCCGGCCCCGACCCGCUGCUGCAGCGCGGUCCCUCUGGCGCCAUGUCGCAGAGCGGGGCCCCCGGGCUGCAGGAGGAAAACUUGCAGGACCUACACCUGCCUCGGUCCGGGUGGGAGAGGGAGCUGUGUGCCGAUGGUGUCCGUAUCACAGGGAGGGGCUUGCACCACUGACUUCCCGCGGGACCCCUGAGCAUGAAGCUGAGCUGCUCGGAAACUGGAGGAUCGAGAAGUUGGACAGUGAAGGGGUUUCAGCCACCUAGAUCCUAGACCAACCCUCACAUCUCACAGAUGGUCACUGUGCGGCCCAGAGGCUAAGUGGAAAGGAGGGGAGGCGACCUGUACGAUGAAGGGCCAGUGGGAUGCUGGGAGCCUGAAUGACAACAUCUCCGACGGCCGGGGCCUGGUGCACCUCCCGAACCACCGGUGGAGGAAAAACCACCCCGUUGGGAACCGGGGUCCUGAGUGCUCCACCCCGUUUCGACACUGAAGUUCAAAGUUAUGGGUUCAUCAGGCUCCUGGGUGGAAUUGCACUUCAGCAAUAACGGGAACGGGAGCAGCGUUCCAGCCUCUGUUUCUAUUUAUAACGGUGACCUGGAAAAAAUACUGCUGGAUGCCCAGCAUGAGUCUGGACGGAGUAGCUCGAAGAGCUCUCACUGUGACAGCCCACCUCGCUCACAGACCCCUCAAGACACGACCCGAGCUUCGGAAAUAGACACGCACAGCAUCGGAGAGAAAAACAGCUCUCAGUCUGAGGAAGAUUACAUUGAGAGAAGGAAAGAAGUCGAGAGCAUCUUGAAGAAAAACUCAGACUGGAUUUGGGAUUGGUCAAGUCGGCCGGAAAACAUCCCCCCCAAGGAGCUGCUGUUCAAGCACCCGAAGCGCACGGCCACGCUCAGCAUGAGGAACACGAGCGUCAUGAAGAAGGGGGGCAUCUUCUCCGCGGAGUUCCUGAAAGUCUUCCUCCCGUCCCUGCUGCUCUCUCACCUGCUGGCCAUCGGGUUGGGGAUCUACAUCGGAAGGCGUCUGACAACUUCCACCAGCACCUUUUGAUGAAGCGUUGGAAGCCGGCUCUCGCCCUGCAGCGGGGUUUCUGUCGGAGCUGGAGGCGGCGCGGGGCGAGGAGCUGCCUCAGGCUGGGGCAGCUGCGCCACUUGAUGGGUCUGGUCUGUCUGUUCUGUAAAUGCUGCGUCCCUAAUUGAGUAGAACGGAAGAAGAGUUAAAAAAACCAUGCCAACUUGUAGUCCUACCUAUGGGAUCAAUUAAUAAGCAUGUCCUACUGAUUAACAUCUACUGUAAUAAUUUGGUAGUAAAAUUUGGAUAUUAUAAAUAUCGAAGUAUAAAUAAUUUUAACACUAGAUAUGACAUGUAGUAUUUUAACAAAAAUUAUCUGUAACCAGUUAUUCAGUUUAAAAUACUUUAUAUUUGAAAAGACUACAUAAGGGGUUUACCCCAGAUGAAUUAUUCGUGGCCUUACACACUGUCCCAGGAAAUACUGUGUUUAAGCGGAUGCAGGUCGUCAUCACUGAAGAUCACGCUUAGCUCUGCAGUCGGUCACGCGGCGGAAUCCGAGGGGCAGAUGCAGACUCAGUCCUGCUCCAGCACGAAGCCGCGGGCCCUGCAGGGUGUUAACAGCUGCCCGGGCAGGUGGUCUUCUGUCCUGGGCACCUGCUAAGUAUCUUUCCUCUCUUAGCUCUCUGGAUUGCUGAACUUAGUCCUACUUUUUGUGUUCGGUUUUUGUGCUCUUAGAAUCAGCUUCAUUCUAAGCAAACCUGUGUCUACUUCCAAAGACUGGAAAUAGAAAAAAAUAAAUCUUUGCCAAAUCCUUCA